AGAUCACCCAUUUCUAAUGUCACCAGGUGGUUGACAACAACACACUCGAUGGGCUACAGCGUCUCCGAACAAACUAUCAUGGACAUGGAGCUGACGAUCUUGAAAACACUUGACUUCAGGCUAAACACUUCCUCUGGUUUAUGUACAGAUUCUCCUGGAGGUGCUUGGUAAGUCACAUUCUGUAGCCUUUAUAACCACAAUAAUAGUCAAUAAUUAUUUACAUAAAACAAGAUACAUGUUUCUGUAAUGAGGGGCUACAUUUCAGUACAAAGAGCUUUAAUACAGUAAAAUGCCUCUUGGUGUUAGGGUAUGCAGCUAUCUAUUUAUUCACUACCCACCACAUCCUAUAGGGCACAAUGACUCCUCUAUCCCUGUGGAGCACCUGCAUCACCUCAGCAGACACGUGCUCCAGUUCACCUACCUCCAGAGGACAGCCUUCUACAACUCCCUGCUCGUGGCCACCACUCAGGGCCUGAGCCAUCUGACGGACAGAGGUAGGCUGCGUCCCAAAAGGCACUGUAUUCCCUAUAGUGUACUACUUUUGACCAGGGCCAUUAGCAGCCGUAGUCUUCCUCUCUCAAUGUUAGUUACUGUAGGCCAUGUGUCCUCUGUGAAAACCAACAGAAAGACGUUUGUCUCCGUGACUGAAGGCUGCACGCUCCUUGGUGUUGGUGUCAUUGCUGUGGGCGCAUACAUCCUCAAUGUCACUAACUGGCAACAGGUGAAUAGUUACUAUAAUAUAUCCUUCUUGUAAACUGUAAUUUAUUUAUUUAUUUGUAAGGUUGAAGUUGGAUUAGAACCUUUAGCAGAAAACAAGUUUGGUUACCACAAUGCAUGCUGCUCAGUGAACUAGUAACGAUUCAACCAUUGAUCACCAGGUAAUGGUGUAUCACAUCACAGGGAUCUCAGUGAAGAGCAUCAGUGAUUUCACACACAUCACACUGAUACACAUUACCAAGAACUCUCUGUGCACCUCUGUGAUUCAGAGGGGUUGGGUUAAAUGUGGAAGACACAUUUCAGUUGAAUGCAUUCAGUUGUACAACUGAAUAGGUAUCCCCCUUUCCCUUUUCCCAUAGUCUCAGCAACUUGAGCCAAGUCCGAACAAUACACUAUUUGAUUGAUAUAGAUUGGAUUUACUCUAAAGCAUAAUUAAAAAGCCUUCUUCCAUCUAUCAACUCAUGUUUUUAUUUUUUAUAUUGUUUUUUUUACUUUGUUUCCCUUUUUGUGAUAUCCAAUUGGUAGUUACAGUCUUGUCCCAUCGCUGCAACUCCCGUACAGACUCGGGAGAGCAGAAGGUCGAGAGCCAUGCGUCCUCCGAAACACGACCCUGCCAAGCCGCACUGCUUCUUGACACACUGCUCGCUUAACCCGGAAGCCAGCCGCACCAAUGUGUCGGAGGAAACACCAUACAACUGGCGACCGUGUAAGCGUGCAUGCGCCCGGAGUUGCUAGAGCGUGAUGGGACAAGGACAUCCCGGCCGGCCAAACCCUCCCCUAACUCGGACGACGCUGGGCCAAUUGUGUGUCACUUCAUGGGUCUCCCGGUCGCAGCCGGCUGCAGCACAGCCCGAGGUCAAACCCGGAUCCGUAGUGACACCUCAAGCACUGCAGUGCCUUAGACCGCUGCGCCACUCGGGAGGCUCUAUCAACUCAUUUCUGUUUAAAUGUCACAGUGUUCAAUAUAAAAGCAAAGUUGCUGUUAAAAUCCUAAUAAUUAAAAUAUAAUAAAUCACUGCUUUACCCACCACCUCUCUGUCAAGUUUAUUUAUCCUCUGUCCAGAUGGUACCAUUGAACAAGAUGCACUGCAUCGUGUGUUAAAAUCAUUUCACCCAGGAUUUAAAAAGAGGAAGGGAGAGGGGUGAAGGUGUCAGGUGGUGUCCCUGGUGUGUUAUUUCCUCUCUGGCUCCCUCUGCUGGCUCUCACCCUCAGUGUGCGGUAGAAGAGGAAGCCUAAAAAACCUGGGGGUAAAUACAACAGCAUUUAGUUUAAAAAAAGGGGCAAUCAGCAGUUCAAACAAUAACAAAGUAUUUUCCAAGCAACUGUUUUGGUAAAAAGCUGAGAAAUGGGGCUGGAGAUAUGUAACCACUCUCAAAUUCAUAGACAGGGUUAUGAUUUCAAGGACUGACCAUGAUUUCAAAAUGAUAGUUUUAACUAUGUUAUGAGGCUGCAGUGUCUGCUUACAUUUACAUUGUUUACAAACAUUGGAGUAAAACAAGCUUCUAUUUUGGGUUCUGAUGGGGUACGACAGUUAAACUAAACUCAUGAGGAAUUUAUAAGUUAUAUUCUUCAAGAAUCAAUGGGUACAUACAAUUUAUAGGUCAAAAAAGUUAUGUAGCAACUGAAGAUUGGCCCUUUAACCGCUGUUUUUCAACUGUAGAUAGAUAUUCAGAGAAUGUGGCUUUGGGUCCUAAAAAAGGUCCAUAAACACAGCAGGUUCCAUUCAUCAAUCAUAGUUGUCCUUUAAACCUAACAGUUUGAGAUGAUUUCAAAUCAGAUCAAUACUGUCAUCACCUACUGUUAGCCCCUUCCACUCUCUGAAUCAGGUUUUAUUUAACCAGGUAAGUUGACAGAGAACACAUUCUCAUUUAUAGCAAUGACCUGGGGAAUAGUUACAGGGGGAGGAAUGAGCCAAUUGGAAGCUGGGGAUGAUUAGGCAGCCAUGAUGGUAUGAGGGCCAGAUUGGGAAUUUAUCCAGGACACCAGGGUUAACAACCCUACUCUUAUGAUAAGUGCCAUGGGCUCUUUAGUGACCACAGAGAGUCAGGUCACCCGUUUAACAUUGUAUCCGAAACACGGCACCCUACACAGGGCAAUGACCCCAAUCACUACCCUGGGGCAUUGGGAUCCAGUGGUGUGAAAAAGUGUUUGCCCCCUUCCUGAUUUGUUAGUUUGUCACACUUAAAUGUUUCAGAUCAAACAAAUUUAAAUAUUAGUCAAAGAUAACACAAGUAAACACAAAAUGCAGUUUUGAAAUGAAGGUUGUUAUUAUUAAGGGAAAACAAAAUCCAAACCCACAUGGCCCUGUGUGAAAAAGUGAUUGCCCCCUACAACCUAAUAACUGGUUGGGCCACCCUUACAGUGAGGGAAAAAGGUGUUUGAUCCCCUGCUGAUUUUGUACGUUUGCCCACUGACAAAGAAAUGAUCAGUCUGCAAUUUUUAUGGUAGGUUUAUUUGAACAGUGAGAGACAGAAUAACAACAAAAAAAUCCAGAAAAACGCAUGUUAAAAAUGUUAUAAAUUGAUUUGCAUUUUAAUGAGGGAAAUAAGUAUUUGACUCCCUCUCAAUCAGAAAGAUUUCUGGCUCCCAGGUGUCUUUUAUACAGGUAACGAGCUGAGAUUUGGAGCACACACUUAAAGGGAGUGCUCCUAAUCUCAGUUUGUUACCUGUAUAAAAGACACCUGUCCACAGAAGCAAUCAAUCAGAUUCCAAACUCUCCACCAUGGCCAAGACCAAAGAGCUCUCCAAUGAUGUCAGGGACAAGAUUGUAGACCUACACAAGGCUGGAAUGGGCUACAAGACCACCGCCAAGCAGCUUGGUGAGAAGGUGACAACAGUUGGUGCGAUUAUUCGCAAAUGGAAGAAACACAAAAGAACUGUCAAUCUCCCUCGGCCUGGGGCUCCAUGCAAGAACUCACCUCGUGGAGUUGCAAUGAUCAUGAGAACGGUGAGGAAUCAGCCCAGAACUACACGGGAGGAUCUUGUCAAUGAUCUCAAGGCAGCUGGGACCAUAAUGACCAAGAAAACAAUUGGUAACACACUACGCCGUGAAGGACUGAAAUCCUGCAGCGCCCGCAAGGUCCCCCUGCUCAAGAAAGCACAUAUACAGGCCCGUCUGAAGUUUGCCAAUAAACAUCUGAAUGAUUCAGAGGAGAACUGUGUGAAAGUGUUGUGGUCAGAUGUACAAAAUCAGCAGGGGAUCAAAUACUUUUUCCCCUCACUGUAGCAGCAACAACUGAAAUCAAGCGUUUGCGAUAACUUGGAAUGAGUCUUUUACACCGCUGUGGAGGAAUUUUGGCCCACUCAUCUUUGCAGAAUUGUUGUAAUUCAGCCACAUUGGAGGGUUUUCGAGCAUGAACUGCCUUUUUAAGGUCAUGCCACAGCAUCUCAAUAGGAUUCAGGUCAGGACUUUGACUAGGCCACUCCAAAGUCUUCAUUUUGUGGACUUGCUGGUGUGUUUUGUAUCAUUGUCCUGCUGCAGAACCCAAGUUUGCUUCAGCUUGAGGUCACGAACAGAUGGCCGGACAUUCUCCUUCAGGAUUUUUUGGUAGACAGCAGAAUUCAUGGUUCCAUUUAUCACAGCAAGUCUUCCAGGUCCUGAAGCAGCAAAACAGGCCCAGACCAUCACACUACCACCACCAUAUUUUACUGUUGGUGUGAUGUUUUUUUUCUGAAAUGCGAUGUUACUUUUACGCCAGUCCACAGAGUAUUUUCCCAAAGGUCUUAGGGAUCAUCAAUAUGUUUUCUGGCAAAAAUGAGACAAGCCUUAAUGUUCUUUAUGCUCAGCAGUGGUUUUCGUCUUGGAACUCUGCCAUGCAGGCCAUUUCUGCCCAGUCUCUUUCUUAUGGUGUAGUCAUGAACACUGACCUUAAUUGAGGCAAGUGAGGCCUGCAGCUCUUUGGAUGUUGUUGUGGGGUCUUUUGUGACCUCUUGGAUGAGUCGUCGCUGCGCUCUUGGGGUAAUUUUCCUCCUGGGAAUGUUCACCACUGUUCCAUGUUUUCGCCAUUUGUGGAUAAUGGCUCUCACUGUGGUUCGCUGGAGUCCCAAAGCUUUAGAAAUGUCUUUAUAACCUUUUCCAGACUGAUGGAUCUCAAUUACUUUCUUUCUCAUUUGUUCCUGAAUUUCUUUGGAUCUCGGCAUGAUGUCUAGCUUUUGAGGAUCUUUUGGUCUACUUCACUUUGUCAGGCAGGUCCUAUUUAAGUGAUUCCUUGAUUGAGAACAGGUGUGGCAGUAAUCAGGCCUGGGUGUGGCUAGAGUAAUUGAACUCAGGUGUGAUAAACCACAGUUGAGUUGUGUUAUAACAGGGGGGACAAACACUUUUUCACACAGGGCCAUGUAGGUUUGGAUUUUGUUUUCCCUUAAUAAUAACAACCUUCAUUUCAAAACUGCAUUUUGUGUUUACUUGUGCCUCCUACUGGCACUCCAACACCACUUACAGCAGCAUCUUGUCUCCCAUCCAGGACCAACCCUACUUAGCUUCAGAGGCAAGGCAGCAGUGGGAUGCAGGGUGGUAUGAUGUUGGUGCCAUCUAAGAUAAAAUAAACAUGUCUGCCCUUCAAUCUAUCUCAUACUGUAGCAGUUAAUCAUGAAUGUACCAAUUAGGUAUACUGGAAUAUUUAGAGUUAGCCUUUUGAGUCAUCUUGUUGUAAAUCCCACAGGGAUGCUGGCCCAUGUUGACUACUUCCCAUAACUUUCACCUGGAUGCACCUGGUCAGUCUGUAAUGGAAAGCGUUCCUAAUGUUUUGUACACUCAGUAUACCUCACCUUAGCCCAUAUCUAAACCUGUACUUUUAAAGUCUAUGGGAGAGUCUACAAGAUAAUCUAUAGGAGAAUCUAUGGGAGUCUAUGGGAGAGUCAAUGUGCUUGAAUGAAAUGAGACUCCUUCUUCACUAGCGCGUGAUCAUGCAAAUUACGUUUAUAGGGGUGGAAUCCCAAAAUAAAUGUGUAAAGUAGUAAAAAGACAUUUAGCUAGUUUUGCUAGACAUUUCAUAGAUAAAAUGAUAAGUAGCCUAUUGUUCUAAAUAUGUGUAUGCUUUUCUAUUCCGAGAAAACAGCUGUUUCAAAGGGGCGUGACUGGUUUAAAAAUAUCCCUGAUAGCUCCAGGUAGGAUACUCCUGUGCAUCCUCUGCUGAAGGAGGUAAUCAAGGAGGGGAGGAUCCUCCUGUGCAUCCUCUGCUGAAGGAGGUAAUCAAGGAGGGGAGGAUCCUCCUGUGCAUCCUCUGCUGAAGGAUGUAAUCAAGGAGGGGAGGAUACUCCUCCGUUAGCCAACUAGUGAAUUGACCAUCUCCUCGACCACUUAUCGGUUUCCGGGUGGCGUAGGAGUUGAAGAGAGGACAGACUUUUCCCCAUUGAGAAUCUCCCUAUCUUCUUUCUGAUGGAGUAACAACAGCAUUAACUUGCGAUAAUAAAUGGAUAGCAGCUGAGUAGUCUACACCAUUGAGGAACAGGAAGUUAGUCCCCCACCAUUUGAUUUAGGCAUGGAACAGUUCCUCCUUACCCUAGAGAUGGAGUUGCUAUGGGAUUGAGCCACCUGCAGCAGCUCUGAGAACCUCUGCUGAAGGAUCAUGUAGAGCUCUGGACUGGUCUGCUCCACCUGGGACGGCAUGGAAGUCAGAGUAGGGAAAGAGAUUAUAGGUGAGACAAACAGCCUACUAAUCCUUACUGCUACUAGCAUGCCAUAUCACACAGAUCAGCAUUUAUAUUGACACAACAACAGACUGAUCCAGUUAUUGGACAGCUGGGCAGUAUGCUGUAGGGAUAUACAAAUGAAGGGAUGUGUACCUGUGUCUGGGCAUGCCUUUGGUAAAACUCCUCAACGUCAAAGUCGUCCAGAUCCAGUGUUAGGCUCCCCUUUCACAACUCACAGGAUUUGACCUAGACAGUGUGUUCCCUGGAAACACACACACACAUAUUUAAUUCCUUCGAUCAGUUCAGUGUCAGACCAUCAUGAUUCCUUUAAACAGCGUAACCACCUCUUGUCAGUAGCAGGGGCUGGUGGUCAUUCGACCUGAACUGACCUGACUGUAUCUUAGUCUGGUUCCACCUCUUCAGGCAGUCGUGGUGGAUGUCCUGCAGGCUGCCAGAGCACAGACAGGGUGAGCAGGCGGUUGGUGGGGGAGCUGCACCAUACUGACCCCCUUCCCCCUUCCUCCUCAUCAGACGACUCCUCCAACAGACUGGUGGUUAGAAGAUUACAAAUGCCAGUAAGAAUCUAGAAUGAUUUCAUGCUACUUUAUAAAGCUAGAUAUAAAAGACCUGUAAGUCAAACUUGAUCAAGGGAUGAGCAACUGCAGUAUAUCUAGAGAGGACACCCAUCACAGGCGGCUGGUGGCACCUUCAUUGGGGAGGACGGGCUCAUAGUAAUGGCUGUAACGGAAUACAUUGAAUGGUAUCGAACACAUCAAACACAUUUUUUCCAUGAGGUUGACACCAUUCCAUUCACUCCAUUCCAGCAAUUAUUAUGAGCCGUCCUCCCCUCAGCAGCCUCCUGUGGUACCCAUCAUUCCCAUUCUCCAGCUCCUCUCACCUUUCUUUGAUUUUGCGUAAUGUCUCUGGGUUGGUAGCCGGUGCUAAUUGGGCCUCCUGAUAUGCCAUAGCACCGCUCCUCUCCUGUGCGUUGCUCAUCUGAAUGUGAGUCACCUCCCUGAGGAUGUCAUGGAAGGCCAUCAGGGCCAUGUUUAGGUGAUCCAUCAGCCCAGAGGUCCCAGGGCGCGAGGCUUCGCUGGACGACGGACUGUCCGCUGUACUACUGUCACUACUACUUGCCCCUCCUCUGACGUUCUCUGACCUCUUCUGACCUCCUCUGACCUCCUCUGACCUCCUCUGGUUCCUCCUGCUGGGUCCUACUGACCAGCUUGGCCCCUCUGGUUCCUCCUGCUGGGUCCUGCUGACCAGCUGGGAUUGCCUCCGGGUGCAGCUGGUCCUGGGUGGUGAGGCCUCCAGCCCCAGCCAGAUGGGGUUAGCUCUCCUGGGGCUGAUGGGGUUGAGGUGUUCAUCCAGCUGCUCUGGGUUAGUGAGAGUCCCCCUGUUGGUAAUAUGGACAACGGUGAUAUGGACAACGGUGAUAUGGACAACGGUGAUAUGGACAACGGUGAUAUGGACAACAGUGAUAUGGACAGUCGACCUAAUUGCAUCAGUGAAGGCAUGGGACUGUAUCCUCCUCCUCCAGUGUAUGAAGCUCUACUGCUGAGUGAUUCUUCAGGGGUGAUGGUUGACUCCAUACUCAGCUAGGACUGCAGGCCCCUGGGACUCCGGACGGCACGGACACUGGGAGACGGGCAGAUGAUGUCAUGUGAACUAGACUGAGAGGCCGUCCACCUCACAGGGAUGUAGUAGCUCUCUCUAGCAGCAUCCUGCCAUGGAUGGCCGUUGUCUUCCCGUCCAACUCAGACUAGGAGGACAGAACAUCCAGUGUGCAGAAGUGGCUGCUGAGGGGGCCUGUGAAGGAGCGGAUGAAUGGCACAACAAUGGGCCUCGGGAUCUCAUCACGGUAUCUCUGUGCAUUCAAAUUGCCAUCGAUAAAAUGCAAUUGUGUUUGUAGCUUAUGCCUGCCCAUACCAUAACCCCACCGCCACCAUGGGGCACUCUGUUAACAACAUUGACAUCAGCAAAUCACUCGCCCACAUGACGCCAUGUCUGCCAUCUGCCCGGUACAGUUCAAACCGGGAUUCAUCCGCGAAGAGCACACUUCUCCAGUGUACCAGUGGCCAUUGAAGGUGAGCAUUUGCACACUGAAGUCGGUUACGACGCCGAACUGCAGGCAGGUCAAGACCCUGGUGAGGAUGACGAGCACGCAGAUGAGCUUCCCUGAGACGGUUUCUGACAGUUUGUGCAGAAAUUAUUCUGUUGUGCAAACCCACAGUUUCAUCAGCUGUCCGGGUGGCUGGUCUCAGACCAGGUGAAGAAGCCGGAUGUGGAGGUCCUGGGCUGGCGUGGUUACACGUGGUCUGCGGUUGUUAGGCCGGUUGGACGUACAGCCAAAUUCUCUAAAACGUUGUUGGAGGCGGCUUAUGGUAGAGAAAUGAACAUUCAAUUCUCUGGCAACAGCUCUGGUGGACAUUCCUGCAGUCUGCAUGCCAAUUGCACACUUCCUCAAAACUUGAGACAUUUGUGGCAUUGUGUUGUGACAAAACUGCACAUUUUAGAGUAACCUUUUAUUGUUCCCAGUACAAGGUGUACCUGUGUAUUGAUCGUGCUGUUUAAUCAGCUUCUUGAUAUGCCACAGCUGUCAGGUGGAUGGAUUAUCUUGGCAAAUGAGAAAUGCUCACUAACAGGGAUGUAAACAAAUUUGUGCACAACAUUUGUGAGAAAUAAGAUGUUUGUGCUUAUGAACAAUUUCUGGGAUCUUUUCUUUCAGCUCAUGAAACAUGGGACCAACACUUUACAUGUUGCGUUUAUAUUUUUGUUCAGUAUAAGUUGUCUGUGAUGAUAUUUGAACACGCAACCUUUGGGUUGCUAGACUUUCUCCUUAAAUGUGGACCAACCACCCUGCCUACUCCCAAAAUGUUUUGCAUGUCAGCAAUCAAGUUUUCAAGAUAAAAAACUUUCAAAAUACAGAAAUACAGCUGGUAUGAUGAAUUUUGCUCGUUCAUCAUCAAAAUGAUGUAAUUUUUUGCUUUUCUUAUACAGUCAGUAGGUAGGACGAGACAGGUGGAUUGGUCCAAUCGUGAUGGCAGAUGCUUAAGCAAAUGCCCUACAAUUCUGUUAACAUUUUAACAAGUGACUUUAUAGCUAAAUGAUUAUCAUCUCCUAUUACUUACUAUUCAAUCGAAUCCAUUUUCAGUCAGUCAGUGAGCUGCUAGCUAGCUGGCUACUUCCCCAACUUCUGCGUUUCCCCCCACGUCUCUUCGUCUCCAUAGAGAUGAGGCGCACUCUCAAAACUUCAGGUAGAGUUGUGUGUGGGGGUUUCAGACGCGCGCAUGCUGUUUUCUUUUCCACCCUGUCCCUGGUGCAUGGAAAUGUUUCCCAAAAAUGAUACAACAGGUCAGACCUGAGUGCAUUCAUGAUGGUAUAGGAUACCCCUAGCCCGUCCAAACUACAGCUCCAUCACUCCCCGUAUGGUCACCUUGGAAACACUGCAGUGGUAAGAAAGUCAUUGGGGGAUUUAUUUUUUAUGGCUCACUUGCCAAAUAAGCAAGUUGGCUCUUUAGGGGCCUGCCUUUUGCUUCUCCCUAGCAACUGGUUGCUAUGCUGCUACUGUUUCCAUGAUGUUGUUGAUGCAGUGUAUGAGAUUCAUAACUAGGCCUAAUCAACCUCCCCCCUGCUGUGCACUGACAUGUCAAACAUGCUUGCUGUUCAUCAUAUGGUCACACCUAUAGGCUACAGUUCAGUCUAGUUCACAGUAAUGCACUGGUUUCCCUGCUCGCUGAAAAUAAUUGUACCUGCUUUGAAUGUGUGAAAAUAAUAUUUACUGGUAUCUCUACUUACUUCAAUAAUAUCAGUGCCUGUUCAAGGUGGCCUUCACUUGCCCGGUACAAACACAAUUAGGCCUAAAACUAAAGUACUGAAAAUUAUUUCAAGUUAAAAUCAGCAGUAGAAACAAUAAGAUGGUUGAACUAAUGUCAUGAGGCAUUUCUCAAUUAUAUUCUUCAAGAAUCAAUGGGUACAUAUCAUGUAGCUACUGCUGAAUUCCCCUUUAAUGGAAAAUGAACUGCAUGUCAAAUUGUUGUUGUGCUUAACUUACAGCCUGAGAAUAUGCCUGCCUACCCCAACUCCAGUAGCAGAUGGUAUAUCUGCUAUGGAGAGAUCAUGGGAAUAGAGAAAAAAUAAUCUGCACUCCAUGAUCCUCCAGGAGUCUCACAGGCAGCACAACAUCUGAGCGCAGAGCGCAGCGGUGUGACAGAUUACAGCUGCCUGAAGCACCUGAGGGAAGGA